GGAAGGUUAAAAUACUUCCUUCAUUAUCAUCUAUCUCCUCUGCCAUUAAGUUUUCCAAUCCUUUUUGUAAAGUACCAUCGAAUUAGGGUUUUGCUUUCUCUUUCAGCCGCCUGAUCUGUCGAUGGAAGCAAGAUUCGAUUGGUUUAAAUUUUGUACAAAUUUUUGUAUGUAGUUUGUGUUUGCGUGUUUGUAGAAAAACAUUUAGGAUUUGCCGUCGAUGCGUGCCGCACCUAUCAUGCAUUGCAUUUUCGGAGGAUUGUAUGUGGGACAUUUCAGGGAUUGAUCAGAGGUUAUAGGGUUUACGGAUCGAAUUCACGAUUGAGUUCGUGGGUGAAUGCGUGGAUCUGAUAUCAACUAUCAUCUCUCUUUGAAGAACAGAUCUUGAAAUUGGCUCCCCAACGCCGGUUGCAGCGCCACAUGGGUGGCCAGAUGCAGCAGAGCAAUACGGCUGCAACUGCUCUGUACGACCAUCCUGGCAAUGCCACCGGCCAAGCUGGCGAUGCUGGAGAUGCUGUUAUGGCUCGUUGGCUUCAGUCUGCUGGGUUGCAGCAUCUGGCAUCUCCCUUAGCCUCCAAUGGGGUCGAUCACCGCUUACUACCUAACAUCCUGAUGCAGGGGUAUGGGUCGCAGUCUGUAGAAGAGAAACAAAGGCUUUUGAGAUUAAUGAGGAACCUCAAUUUUAAUGGUGAAUCUAGUUCAGAAUCACAUACCCCAACUGCCCAAAACUCAGGAGGUACUGGCAUUCCAGAUGGCCUUUAUUCGCCAGAACUAAGAGGAGACUUUGGUGCUGGGCUUUUGGAUUUGCAUGCUAUGGAUGAUACAGACCUUCUAUCCGACAAUGUUAAUUCUGAGCUGUUUGAGCCAUCACCUUUCAUGCCUGCUGUAAACAAAGUAUUAUAUGGUGACUUUGAUGUGCCGAGUAGUCUGCAACAGAAAGCACACAUAGAUUCAGAUGCUGGGGUGCCAGGAAAUGAAAAAGAAGCCACUACAAGGGAGAACAAUGUGGCAAAGAUCAAAGUAGUGGUGCGCAAAAGACCAUUAAACAAAAAGGAAGUUUCUCGCAAAGAAGAGGAUAUUGUUACUGUAUCGUCAGACAGUAGCUGCCUCACUGUGCAUGAACCCAAACUCAAGGUUGACUUGACUGCUUAUGUCGAAAAGCAUGAGUUCUGCUUUGAUGCUGUACUGGACGAGCAUGUAACAAAUGAUGAGGUGUAUCGUGUUACUGUGGAACCUAUUAUUCCAAUCAUUUUUCAGCGCACAAAAGCAACAUGCUUUGCUUAUGGUCAAACAGGAAGUGGUAAGACAUUUACGAUGCAACCUUUACCUCUUAGAGCUGCUGAAGACCUUGUUAGAUUGUUGCACCAGCCAAUUUAUCGCAAUCAGAGAUUCAAGCUGUGGCUUAGUUAUUUCGAAAUAUAUGGUGGAAAACUCUUUGAUCUUCUCAGUGAUCGGAAGAAACUAUGUAUGAGAGAGGAUGGGCGGCAACAGGUUUGUAUUGUUGGACUGCAAGAGUUUGAAGUUUCUGAUGUGCAGAUAGUGAAAGAGUAUAUUGAAAGGGGGAAUGGAGCAAGAAGUACGGGGUCCACCGGUGCUAAUGAGGAAUCAUCAAGAUCGCAUGCGAUACUACAGCUUGCUGUAAAGAAACACAAUGAGGUAAAAGAAUCUCGUCGAAAUAAUGACGGAAAUGAAUCGAAGGGAGGAAAGGUGGUUGGGAAACUUUCUUUCAUCGACCUUGCUGGCAGUGAAAGAGGUGCUGAUACAACUGAUAAUGACCGACAAACAAGGAUUGAAGGAGCAGAGAUUAAUAAGAGUUUGUUGGCUCUCAAAGAGUGUAUACGUGCUCUGGACAAUGACCAGAUUCAUAUUCCAUUUCGAGGGAGCAAACUAACUGAGGUUCUUCGUGACUCCUUUGUUGGCAAUUCAAGGACAGUUAUGAUCUCCUGCAUCUCUCCAAAUGCUGGGUCUUGUGAACACACACUCAAUACAUUACGAUAUGCCGAUAGGGUUAAAAGUCUCUCGAAAGGUGGAAACACAAAAAAGGAUCAAGGAACUGGCACAUUAUUACCUCUGAAUAAGGAAACUUUUUCAGCGGCAUCUUUUCCCACUACUACUGAUGAAGAAGAUAUCUUUGAGCAGCUUCAGGAAUCUAAGAUACCCAGUAUAGGCAGAAGGGUUGUGGAGAAAGAAAGUUCAUUUUAUAAUGGAAGUGAUAAACAACCUUCCAGUUUCCCUUUUGGUGCUAACGGGGGUGAUAGGCUUGAAGGAAAGAAUGUUUACCCUGGCCCAUCACCUAGUGGUGCAGAAGAAAAGGUGCAAAGGGUGUCUCCGCCCAGGAGGAAAGCUAAUAGGGAUGAAAAAAGUGAAAUACCUGAUAAACCGGGGAUCUCAUCAAGAAAAGAUGUUUCCAACUCUGAUUUUCCCAGUAAAGGUUAUAAAAGUAUUAGCUCGAAACAGGAUUCGCCUCCAUGUGAUGAUAAUAUCAAUGAAAUAUUAGAGGAAGAGGAGGCUUUGAUUGCUGCACAUAGAAGAGAAAUUGAAGAUACCAUGGAGAUUGUCCGUGAAGAAAUGAAACUGCUGGCAGAAGUAGAUCAGCCUGGGAGUCACAUAGACAAUUAUGUAUCCCAGUUGAACUUUGUGCUGUCCCGCAAAGCGGCAAGUUUGGUCAGCCUCCAAGCUCGUCUUGCAAGGUUCCAACACCGGCUUAAAGAGCAGGAAAUUCUGAGUAGAAAGAGGCCCCCCCACUAGCUACCAUUGGAUUGCUCUUUUUUGUCAUGUAAUAUUACAUUUAUAUAUAUAUAAUGUUUGAAGGUGUAUUAGAUUUCUGUCUCUAGUUUAUGUUUUAUGUGUACACAAACAGAUCAUCUGGAGGUAUUCCAGUGUCAAUCAAAAGAAAGGGAAAUGGUGCGCAGUCUUUGCGUAACACUAUCUGCUUUGAUGCUUUCCAGCUUUGAACUGAACAACCAACCACCAAGGACUGUUCAUAUGGUCUUGCAAUAUCAUUGUACCCUUCUUAAAAUCAACUUGUGAUUUGAUUGUUUAAUUAAUUAAAUUUUAUCAUCAACAAAUGAUGGUGAA